CUAGGGAAUGGAGAAAGGGGUAAGGGUCGGAAACCUAGCUUUGACCAGGGUCUGGACUAGUCUAUAAAGAUGCAACUUCUCUUUCACUAAUUCCUCUCCUUUGUUGCUCAACGAACAAACAUAUAUACCAAAGAAGAAAGGACAGAACAAUGUCCAUAAGGGUCGUUAGCUUUAUACUUAUGUUCCUGAUGCUGCCUGUAAGAGACUAUCGAUCUUUUGCACAAACUGAAGCUCCGGGCGGCCAAGCAGUACUGAUUCCUGAAAGGCGUGAGCUGCCAACUGCAGGAAGAAGAAGUACUCGUAUGAAUGUUGAAGAGAAAAUCUACGGCGGUGUUCCAGCUGAGGCUGAAGUACUUGGAAAAGGGCUUGGAUCAGGAAGGAAAAUGAUGAUUAAAAGGGAUAUGGGACUGGUGAAAGACGAGGGUUUGAAAGGAGACGAUUUGACGAUUAAAGGUACUGCAGCCAAUUCUGUUGGUAUUCAGAAUAGAAGCUGUAAAUUGCGAAUAAGAGCAGUUCCUCGACCGAUGGAUCGUGAUGUCAAAAUGGCUGGUUUUGUAGCUUUUAAUGCUGAUUACCACGUUCCGAAACCUCAUCCACCUAAGAAUAACUAAGGAGGCCAGUAGCUAGUAGAGAAGUCCCAUGGGACACAAAUUUUGGUUCAAGUCUACCUUUACCUUUAUUUACGUUUUUCUUUUGCUUUUUCUCCCUCCUAAUGUUUACUAUCUUUGGUUUUGUAAGUGACAUUUAAAACAAGUACGGAAUGUCAUUAUACUUAGCUUGUAUGUACGCAAUA